UCAGGGAAGUUCCUUCUGCAGUGACCUUAGCAGCUGAGAUCGACAGCGGCCUGGGUUUUUGUGUUGCAGGAUGUUGUGCCAAAACAACUACUGCACCACUGGAUCGCGUAAAGAUUUUGCUGCAAGCUCAUAACCACCAUUACAAACAUCUAGGAGUAUUUUCUACGUUGUGUGCUGUCCCCAAAAAGGAAGGUUACCUUGGGCUGUAUAAAGGAAAUGGGGCCAUGAUGAUUAGAAUCUUUCCAUAUGGAGCUAUUCAGUUUAUGGCAUUUGACCAAUAUAAAAAGGUAAUAAAGAAACAACUUGGGAUUUCCGGGCAUGUGCAUCGAUUAAUGGCUGGAUCCAUGGCAGUGUUGGAACAGAGGGGUCUUCACAGUUUCAUGGGAUGCAGUACUAAGAAGUUGAGAAUAGGUAUUACAGCAGUGAUUUGUACUUACCCUCUUGAUAUGGUUAGAGUUCGCCUGGCGUUCCAAGUAAAAGGGGAACACAAGUACAUGGGAAUUAUCCAUGCAUUCAAGAUGAUUUACACAAAGGAAGGUGGUUUUAGUGGAUUCUACAGAGGGCUGAUGCCAACUGUGGUGGGAAUGGCACCAUAUGCGGGUUUUUCAUUUUUUACCUUUGGUACCUUAAAGAGCAUUGGACUUGCUCAAGCACCUAACUUGCUUGGACGGCCUUCAUUAGAUAACCCCGAAGUGUUAGUUUUGAAAACACAUGUAAAUCUGCUGUGUGGUGGCAUAGCUGGAGCAAUAGCUCAGACGAUAUCGUAUCCCCUGGAUGUAACUCGUAGGCGAAUGCAGUUAGGAGCAGUUCUCCCAGACUCUGAAAAGUGCCUUACAAUGGUGCAGACACUGAAAUACGUGUAUCAACAACACGGAGUACGAAGAGGACUGUACCGUGGCUUAUCCUUGAAUUACAUUCGUUGUAUCCCUUCCCAGGCUGUGGCUUUUACCACAUAUGAACUUAUGAAACAAUUCCUGCACCUCAACUGAUUGUUUCUUUUAGAAGACUUUUCUGUAAAGCUACACUAUCAAUGAUAUUGAUGAAUAAAUUACUUGAAGUUUUUUUAAAAAAAGCUUUCUGUUACUGUGGACCUGCUGUUGGCUAACAUCUUUAUUUGCCAAAAUGUGGUCACUUUCCUGGAGUCAAAACCGGGUGACGCAUCAAAAUAAACAUUAGCUAGCUCUGAACACUUUUUUUGCACUUGAUCUUCUAGGCUUCAUUAGAUGAAUUUUAAGAAUGACACAGUUUUGGAGAUGAGCCCAUGUUUUAUACGGGUUCCAAGCUGUCAGUUACUUAGCUUUAUCUCCAUUCCAGGAGUUACCUGCUGCUGCUUUUUAAGCUAGUAAUUAGGCAUCUGUUAUUAUUUAAAAAUUAAAUGGAAUAAACUGAUUUGAACAUAAUGCAAUGAUUUUGGCAUUCAGAUCCUUGCCAGGUCUGCAGAAGCUGAGCUUGGCAGACCACACUUUUUAAGCAGCCUUUCAUUCUUGUUCUGUACAAGUUCUCUGUAUGCAAGAACAAUGCAUCUGUCUUCAGACUGCUACACAGGAACGUCUCUUCAGCCAUUCCAGAACCAGCAAGAUGUAUUUAACAGUAUUAGAAACGUGGCAAUUUGGAAACCAGUUUCGUGUUCUAAGCGAUGCUGUACUACACAGAUAAAACCAGGGGGGAAUUACACAGGGAUGAGUGCUAGAAAAGAUGUCCUUGUGGCAGGUAGUAGGAGGCUAGUGCUAGAAAGCUUUUCUUGAUUUGGUUUAUUCAAGGCUGAGUAUGUUAUGUACUUCCCAGUACUAGCUGGUGUAAAGAGGAUUUUCCCUACCUUAAACCAUGGUGAUAAGAAGAAUGCAUGCUGCUGCAUUUACUUGUUUUUGGACCACAUCCAACCUUGUGCAGAAAAGAAAAUUAAGAUUGUAUUGGCCUCUGUAGGUGUGUGUAUGUACUGUUCCUGAAGUUAUGGGAUGCAAUAGACUAUUGCAUGUUUGCCUCCUCCUGUAAUUCCUUUGCUGGAAGGAAUUAUUUUAUACAUGAUUUGCAUUGGUACUCUUGGUUUUACUCAUUUGAUUCAGGAAACUGUAAGGCAUUUACUUCAUGUAAGUUAUUUAUUUAUUGUAAAUAUUUUAGCGCCUUCUAAGAAUUGGCAAUGUUUAUGUUAAGUGGUGGAUGGUAAGACUGAUUUGACAAAUUUAACAAACUGGAUUUCAUUUAUAUGUUCAAUACCAACAUCAGUGGCUCAAUUCUUCCCCCCAGUUUCUUAAAAAUACGUAUUUCUUUGAAAUCUACAGUGUAGCUAUGGGCAGAGAAUGAAAUGUAUCUGGGUAUAUUUUAUUAAAAUUUUUGAACUAAUGUCUGUGAUUUGUGUGUGUUGCAGUCAGUAGGAAUACAUGUUUCUGGAAUGAUCUGAUAUAUUUGAGGAGCAUCAUGAUAAGUUAAACAGUUAUUACACAGAAUAAAGCUGAACCUGGCAUGUUCAUGCCCAAGAGGAAGAGAACAUAAAAAGUGUCUCCUAAAUACUUGAGUCUGGUUAUUGAAUGUGAGAAACAUACCUUCUUGAUGGAACUCUUCUGUAUUUUCACAAUUAGUUUUUCAUAAUAAAAUUUAACAGUGUAUGAAAGUGUUUUAGUAUUAACUCCUGAAUUCACACAGUUGUACUUGGAGAAUGCUGAUAUACCUUAAAAUUGCAAACAUUUUUCACAGCCUCUCAUGUCAG